CUCAAAUACCACAACAAUGGCGACAAUCCGCCCCAUGCGCCCAGAUGACCUCCUCAAAUUCUCCUCAACGAACCUCGACCACUUGACCGAAACCUACAACAUCGGCUUCUACCUUGAGUACCUCACCAAAUGGCCCGAGCUAUGCCAAGUCAUCGAAGGCAUUGACGGGCAGAUAGAAGGCUACAUCCUCGGCAAACUCGAAUCCUCACCUUAUUUAUCCCCUAUAGAACCCUACGAGCCCAUUGAAGCCACGCGCCUCCAACCCAACUACCUCCCCUGGCACGGGCACAUCACCGCACUCACCGUGGCGCCCAGCGCACGGCGCCUGGGCCACGCGACCGCCCUCUCAACCGCGCUGGAGCGCUCCUCGGAUGCUGCAGGGGGGUGGUUUGUGGAUCUGUUUGUGCGCGCGAGUAAUGAGAUUGCGAAGGAGUUGUAUCGGAAGAUGGGGUAUAGUGUGUAUAGGAGAGUCGUGGAUUAUUAUAAUGAUGGCGAGGAUGCGUUUGAUAUGCGGAAACCGCUGAGUAGGGAUAAGGGGAAGGAUACGAUUAGGGAGAACGGGGAGGAGGAGAGGGUUAGUGCGGAAGAUGUUUGGUGA